AUGCCUGCCCUUCGCCAUCUUGCUCGUCGCUCAGCACGACUUAGAGCCAACACUCAAGAGGUGCGCUCAAAUCCAAUGGAUCCGCAGGCCUCCUCGUCGCAACGACAACCUGAAUCCAAUCAUCAAGAUACAAUCAAGUUCGCUAUCCAGUGGGAAAGGGAUCAUGCUCUCACUACAAUCCUCAUCAAUCAUCUGACUACUCACCCACCUGAUUGUCGCAUCCUGUUCUAUUCCAAUGGUAAGAAAGCAAUGCCUAACGUUGAUGAUGCCCCCUCGGGCAAGGACAAGAAUGAAAUACACGAUGUUAUUGCCAAGCUCAUCUUUGCGACCCACUCCAAAUACAAGACCGCAUAUCAUCAGGAUCUGAAGAAGUUUCAUGUGUCAGUCGCCAACCGCAUCACAGCUCUCAAAAAUAAAUACAAGAAGUGCAAGGCCAAGUUCAGUGCAAUGGGUGCUGGUGUGGUGCCAUUGGAUGCGACUACCUCGAACAACUUAUUGGAUGAAGUCAAUGCUGAACUUCCAUGGUAUACCGAUCUCGAUAGCAUGUGGCACUCGAUCCCAUCUUUUGCGAUUAAAUCGCAUUCAUCCAGGCUGGGGGUUGACCACGCAGGUAAUCUCUAUGCGCUCGUACAGCCGCAUGGUGACCCUGGCAGGGCUGGUCCCUCGAUGAAUUUUGAGGGUGCCACUCAGCCAUCACACAGUGCAUCCUCCCCCCAAUCGCAGCCCCAUCUGCCAUCACACAGUGCAUCCUCCACUCAGCUGCAGCCCCACAGUACGUUCUCCCCCCAGCCCCAACCCUCUAACGGCUCUUACAACAACAAUCCUCCUAUUGAUCCGUGUCUUCUGCAAGCUCCUCCCUCCUUUCCUCGUAACGACACUAGUAAUACCAAUCAUGAUGCGGAUGCGGACAUGGAUAAUGGCUCUUCCAACAACAAUCCUCCUAUUGAUCCGCGUCUUCUGCAAGCUCCUCCCUCCUUUCAUCGUAACGACACGGACUGUAAUAUGGAUGGCCCUGAUGACGAUGACAAUGACGAUGACCUGGAUCUGAGUGGUGCUUUGUCCGCCCCCCUCGGGGACGCAAUGCGCCACUUGGAAGAUGACCCCAUGACCCCCGACAGCCACACUAGAGCCACUGGAAAAAAGUGUCAACUUGCAGCAUCGCCCUCUCCUCCUCCCAACGUUCCCAGUGCUUUUGAAGUGCCGCAGAAAUCGCCGACACCCUUUUAUGACAGCCGUGCGGCAUUCGGCGCACAGCGACCCUCCAGUUGUGGGGGGCAUCACAGAAAAACACCCUCUAUCGCAUCGUCAGGGAUGUCCCGCAGCAUGUCAACCCCUUCCUCAACAACUCGCAACACAUCAUCCGACAGUUUAAUAAGUCCCACCCCCCACACAUCAUUGCCAACCAGCACCGAAGGCUCGAAGAAGAAGAAAGCCAAGUCGGACGUUCAGGAACAGGUUGCCAAGGUAAAUGACGAGAUUGAGAGCAUCCAGUCCAGUGCUGUGUCGCGCCAUGAGGCGAAGCAUCAACGCUUCCUCGCGAAGCUUGAUGUGAAGACUGACUACCAUCGUGAUGUGAAGAAGUACGAGUGGCUUCGUGACACGCGUGCGCACGAGUCCUCACAAGCCGCCGUCAAUCACCAAUGCCAUCAGGAGAGUAAGGACGCUGAAAUCCGCCUUCGUGAGACGGAUAUUCAAGUGCACAAGGCACAUUCCUUAGUCCUCGACAAGGAAGCGGAAACCUUACGCCUCAAGAUCCAGUUCCAUCAGAUGAUGCAGGGUAGCAAACCUCCUGCCUCGCAUGGGGAGUGA